AUGGAUGGAGUAGAAGUUAAGGAUGGAGAAGAAAUUUGGGAUGUAGGUGAAGUUAAGGAAGGAGAAGAAGAAGUUAAGGAUGGAGAAGAAGAUAGGGAAAUAGUUUGGGCUGGGGAAGAAGUGAAGGAAGGAGAAGAAGUUAGGGAAGAAGAAGAAGUUUUGGAUGGAGAAGAAGUCAAGGAUAAAGGAGAAAUUUUUGAUGGGCAAGAAGUUAAGGAGGGAAAGAUGAUUAUUAUGGAUGGAUGUAGACCCCAAAUCUUGUCCGACCUCAAAAUAAGAGCAGAAGACCUCCUAUUCGAAGAUGGACGAAGCCUAAAACGCCACUAG